UUAAAACGAGUGUGUAACUUUGAGUGGUACCAAAACAACAAAAUUUCUUCUAAUAAUUUCACCAACAUUUUGCAGUAUGUGAUGAAAUAGUGAAGACGAGCUAUUCAUACAGAAAACAUGAAUGCAAGGUCACAGAUAUUUGAGUUGUCUGUUGAAGGUCGGCAGAUUGAUGAAGUGGUAGCAAGUAUAUUCCACACAAUACUCUUCCACAGAACAUUGGGCAAGUUCCGCUAUAAAGCAGAGGGCAGUUAUUCCAUUGGUACAGUGGGAAUGGUGGAUGUAGACUGUGAUUUUGUAGAUUUUACAUAUGUCCGUGCGGCUUCAAGUGAAAUAGACCAAGCUAUUAAGAGAGAAAUGGCAGCAUUCAGAGAUGCUCUACGAAAUAAUGAGAAUGCUACUAGUGGACAGAUUUCCUUAGAAUUUUACCAGAAGAAGCGUGCCAGGUGGCCUUUCCCAGCUGAGUGCAUACCUUGGGAGGUGUGGACCUUAAAACUGGACAUAAUUGGUCUGGCUAAUGAACAUGGUGAGUUAUAGUUACCAAUGAGAUUC